ACCAAACCUCUUGGAACUGUGCCAUAUCCUCCUUCCCGUUCUAAAUCGUGUUUCAGACCUCAUAUUCUGAAGCAUGACGAGCCACCGAAGUGUUGCUGACAUACGUUAACACAGUACCUUUCAGCAAAUAGGUCCCUGAUUCUGUAUGUCGAAACUCAGAACCUUGAACCUAUACCAUCACCAUCCGGAGGUGUGGACGGUACUCUUCAGUCUUGUGUAGUGGCUAUGAAGUUAUCCGUCUCCGUAGGGCUAUUGCAAGACCUUCGAUUUGCAAUAUCCAUUGCUCUGCUACCGACUCUACGCACCGUUCUACACAGUCCGUUGCUUCUUUUUCGCCCUCAUGCGCUUUCACGCAAAUUCAUGUCUCAUGUUUGGGCACAAUACGGGAACGGCAUAGAUGGAAACACGCAAGGCAUAAAAGAGUCACUCAUUAAGCCAAACGUGCGCGGUGUUGUCUUCGAUAUUGGUGCAGGUCAUAGUCAUACAGUAAAAUACCUCCCCGCAGACAAGGUCACCAAAUAUGUUGCACUUGAACCCAAUACAUUGAUGCACGAUGAGAUUCGCAAACUUGCAUCAGAAUACGGUUUCACGGAAGAUUCUGGCAAACUCUCGAUCAUUCUUUAUUGCGCAGGAGAUAUUAACCUCAUCAUCUCAGCCUUAGGCGGGGAACACUCCGUUGACACUCUAAUCUCCAUUCUCUCCCUCUGCUCCAUUCCCUCUGCAGAGUCAGUGAUCCAAGCGCUCGUCGAUCAUGUGCUCAAGCCAGGCGGUCAGUUCUUGUUUUACGAGCACGUCCGACAUCCGAGGGAAGACAUAGCCUGGUGGCAAUGGUUUUGGACACCAGUAUGGAAGAGAGCUUUUGAUGGAUGUUGCCUUGACCGUCCUACACAUCUUUGGAUUGAUGCCAUGCCGGUGUGGGAGUCGAAAGAGCUGGACACGCAAGAUGAGGAGCCUGAAGAACACCUCUUUCCUCAUCGGAUUGGGAGUGGGUAAAUUAUGUUUGCGAGGUAUCUACAAGUCCAAGGUGUAUGUAUGUAUGAGCGAUAUCUACGAUACCUAGAUGCAAUGAUGAGAUGAGGCCAC